AGUAGUUAUGAUUUACAAAGGAUCUGAUGGUGUGCUGAUGCCUUGGUCGAUGCCCCCCCCCCCCUUCAUGUUCUAAAACAAACACCCUCAAUGUUCUCGGGGCCAGAUAAUGGUCGCGCCUGGGGUGGGCCUGGCGUGAAGAGGAUACGUGAGGGGGAGGAGGAGGAGGAGGAGGAGGAGGAGGAGGUCGCGCUAGGGGGAGGAGGAGGAGGAGGAGGAGGUUGUGCGAGGCGGACGAGGGGUCGCACAAGGGGUAGGAGGAGCUCCAAAGAGGGGGAGGAGGAGGUGGCACAAAGGUCGUGUAAGGGGGAGGAGGUCGGAAGACGAUGUGCGAGGGGGAAGUGCAUAUCGUGCAAGGACGAGCAGGAGAUCACGCGGAGGUUGUGUGGAGGUCGGACGAGGUGGGAGGAGAUCGCACACGCGGGAUUAGGAGGUCAAAAGAGGACGCAUGAGGAAGAGGAGGUAGGACAAGGAGGAGGAGCUGGAGGAGGCCAGAGGAGAGGUGGGAGAAGGUCGCGCAACGGGGAAGAGAAGGUUCCAACACCAUGUGCAAGGGGGAAGUGCAGGUCACGCAAGGACAGGGAGGAGGUGGCACGAGGGGGAGGAGGUCGUGGAAGGGGCAGGAGCAGGUUGCACAAUGGGGACAGGUUGCAGGAGGUCGUGGGGGAGGGGGAGGGGAGGAGGGGUGGCAUUCCGGACGGAGGCAUGGAGAUGGAGAAAGAGAGGGGACGCAGAUGUGAGUGGGUUAUGGAUGCGUUGUAUGUGGGACUAGAAAGGCGACAAAUCCCAACCUCUCUGGCUCACGGUCAUCAAAGGUGGUGCAUCUGUCUCCUAGCACUAGGUGUUAUCACUGGGUAUCACCUGCUCACCAGCUCUGCUGCCGCAUUUCGACUGAGUGCACAUCCACCGCCGGCGACCUCCCGGAGGCCAAACGGUGAGGGCCCUGAGUUUUGCUCCCGAGCGCAAAGCAGAGUUGCGAGGUCGAUUCUUUCUGAGUAUCUUCUGCCUGUUGUGGAGAAGGAAUGGGCGUACGCUUUCUCGGAGAAAUGUCUGCUUAACCCUGCGAGAGACAUGUUCCACAUGCAAGAGGGAAACAAGAGCGGGUCCAACCGCAUGGACUGGAAAUGCUUAUACUGUGGCAAAGGAUUCUAUGCGGAAGUCUACAUCGACAAACACAUGGAUAACCGCCACAAGGACAAGGUGGUAAAUGGCGGAGUAUGCCUGGGGGACAUGUGUGAUGUACUUCAUUGUAACGAAUGGGAGGCAAACAAAGACGGUGCCACUGUGAGAGGGAAAUGCCAGUCUCAGGUCAUGGAAAAGAGGUACCACCGUUGCCAGUCGAUUGCACUCUCUUGCUUUCCGUUGGAUGGUGGCCCCGCGUCAGCGCGGUUAAAUGAGUUUUUCAUGAGGCAAUUCUGUGCAGCACACACUUGUGACAGCAGACGGAAAUUGUUUUCGGAGGGAAGAACGGUGAAGUCUAGCAGUUCGUGGCUCACAUUUAAGAUUAUUUCUGUCUUUGGUUUGCUCGUGGUCUUCUAUGGUUGCUUCUAUGCUUGCAACAAAGGUGUUGUAAAACAGGCACUGACGUCAAGGCCAUCGAGAAAAUCCAGUAGCUUAAAGUCAAAGGGCGAAUAAUGAACAACCUCUGCAGUCAAUGUCUUACUGACCAUCAGGACUUCUGAAGCAGUGAAAGGGAAGGAAAGAGAGAAAGGUCUGAGGUCCCUUUCGUCUUAGGGGUAUAGGCCAUUGUUUUCUAGUUUUAGCAAUUCCAUAGGGUGUCUUAUGGCUCCAGUUAUUGAUGGAGUAGAGGGAUCUCUUUGCAACUCAAUCUUCUCGUGUUCUUUGCUGAAGGGGUUUUGGAGGCUGGGGGUUUUGCUGUUAUUGAGCAAAGGAAGGGGUCAAGCGCUGUGGAGGACAAAAUGACACAAGUUAGAGGAGGUGGCCUGAGUGCUGUUCAACCAUCACAAUGGUAGAAAAGUACAGGUUGGGGGAGAAAAUGCUCCACAAUGCAUUCAUUUCAUUUUAAUAGUAGUGUUGACUUGCGUGAAUGCUGAAUGUUAGUGAUCUGAAUUCCCAAAUCAACUGGUCAGUACGCA